AUGGACACAUCGACACCACCUAAAUUUCCAGAUAUUUCAACGACCACAUAUCUUCACGAACUUCUUACGAAGUCACAAGAGCCCAUUGGUCUGACCGUCCCAACAACGGUCACUGUUUUGCAAGACAUGGAAUUUUUUUCGUGCAUCAAUUUAGUCUCUUUAACACUGUCUCCGUUCAUCCCAACAAUUCCAAGUGGGUUAUGUUGGGGAUGCAUUCGUCUCACAUCUGUCGAUUUCUCCUUUCAAUUACAAUCAAUCGAACAAAACGCGUUUAAGUCGUGUGUCCUUUUAAAGAGUAUUCAUCUUCCACCCACACUGACCCAUAUAGGACCAGGCGCUUUCUCAGACUGUGAAGCAUUAGAAGAAGUGGAGUUACCUAUGAUCACCACACUCCCUACUCGUGUUUUCUCGGGAUGUUUCUCAUUGAAGGAAAUAGCAUUCCCUGAGUCUCUCGAAGUGAUCGAAGACUCCGCCUUUGCUUUUUGUAAAAACCUUCAGAAGAUCUCAUUUCCCAACUCCCUCACAGAAGUCCAAACAAAGGCCUUUGCAGAGUGUGGGUCGUUGACUCAACUGACAUUGACUUCGAACCUAAUUAAUUUCAAUGUCGACUCCUUAAUGCGGUGUACCAAGCUUUCUCAUGUCUCACUUGAAAGUGGGAGUAUCAUCAGAUACAAAGUUCCGUAUUUCAUAGCAAAGAUGUUAGGCAAGAGAGGUGUUCUGUGUGAGCAAAUUGAGUUAAUAAGUGGGGACGACUUGUUAUUCACAGCUUUGGAGAUCCCCCCAAUUGUAUCUUCUAUUGGUGCCGGGUAUUACAAAGAGCAGAUCUUUACCACUACUAUAUUCAAAAUACCGAACACUAUUAAGUCCCUUGGCGAUCGUGCAUUUUGCUUGUGUGGUAAUUUGAAGGAAAUAGUGAUACCAGAGAGUAUUAAGGAGAUCCCAGACUAUUGCUUUGCUUACUGUAGUGACCUUGAAACAGUCCAAAUUCCACGAUCAGUCACUCGAAUUGGUGUGUGGUGUUUCCAUCGAUGCACUGCAUUGAGUGAAAUGCAUAUUCCAGACUCUGUGCUCGAGAUGGGAGAGGGGUGCUUCUCUGAAUGUUACAACUUAAGUACUAUCGACGUUCCGGCUUCGUUACAAUGGGAAAACAAAAAAGGGAUUUUCUUGGGGAGUGAAUCCCAAGAAAAGGUCGACCGUAUUCAACUGGAUACAGACGACGGAGAUGUCAUUGAAGAAGAUGGGAAUGAUGAACUGAUGGCAGAUGGGUGGUGA